ACUUUCAACUUGAUGGAAUUCUGAUUUCAAAAGUAACUGAUGUUAAAAUUAAAAUUACUGAUCCGGGUGCUAUUAAUGGUAACCCAAAAAUUAUUAUUAAAGCUUGUGCAAGUAUUAGGGAUAUUAAAUCCGUUAAUAUAUUAACACAAAAUGAUAGUAUGCGAUCCUUGAUAAUGGAAUUUGAUGCUGGUACGACACUUACUCAAAUCGCAAAAGCAUUAAAUACUAACGAAAAUACAUAUGACAAACUUAAUGUUCCUUUGUAUGAUAUGCCUUUGAGUAAUCUUUUAGAAAACAUUCAACCAGAAUUUAGUUUAUUAUUCUAUCCGGUAACAGAACCUCCGACAAUGGAUUAUAAACUUAAAAAUAUUCGCAUUUUUGCAAAUAACUUUCCUGAAAUAAAGUUUAUACCAUCUCAAAUUCAUAAAAAAUUAACGAACACAGCAAUUGACAUUUCGAUCUUCAAUCCAUUAGAAAUAGAAAAUAUAGCAAUUGGUCUAAAUAUUAAAUUUUAUCUUUUAAUCACAAAGGAUAAAAAACUUUUAGCAAAUCUUUCUUAUCUAUACGAUAAAAAGGUGGAACCUUCAGAACCUUACACUUUAACUCAAUACAUGAUUUCUAUUAAACCACAAAGCUUAGAUGAAAGCAACAUUACCAUAAAGUUGGAUGAAAUAUUGAAUGCCAUUGAUUUAUAUGAUACAUUCGAAGGGCUUAAUGAAUUUGCACCAAUUCUGUGGAAUUCCAUAAAAAAUGAAUUGAAGUCUGCAAAGUUCAAAUAUCUUGAUUUGUAUAUAAAAAAUUGUCAUAGUUAUAGCGAUUUCCAACUUGGGAUCACGAUUUCGAACUUUAUAAUUAAAGCAGGCGUUAUUGAAGUUAAAGAUGUGACUAUAGAUUUAGAACAUUAUGAUGCAAAAUGGAUUGGAAAAAUUAAAAGCAUAGCUAAAAUAAUUGGAAAAGUUGGAACUUACGAUUGUUUCAUAGAAUACAUGUCACCAACUAAGAAUAACGUUGGAAAUUUGUUAAUCAAAAAUCUUUCAGAACAUCUAACUUUUGAAAUGAUUCUUAAUAUUUUCCAGCUUGAAAACGUUUUUGAUAUAUCUGAGUUUGAAGACUUAUUUAAAUACGCAAAAAUUUUAGAAAUUGAUGUUGAUUUGGUUAAUUCAGAUAAUUCCGAUUUUAUUAUUGAAGAAUUAUCAAUCGUUCUUUGGACAAAGAACCUUAAGUUGGGGCAUUUAACAAUUGAUCAUUUGAAGGCAAACAUUUCGUAUUCUCCAUCAAGAAAUAAUACUGAUUCAGCAAUAUGGAAAUUUAGCAUCGAAGGCAAAGUUGAUACGCUAGUUGCGAUUUUAAGUUAUGACAAUGAAAAAUGCAAAAUGCAGGGCACUUUAGUUCCUACACAAAGUAAAACACUUAAAGAAAUUGUUGAUUUGUUGACUACAGCAAAGAUUGCUGGAAAUUCAAUGUUUAAUGAAAUAUGUGAUUCAGAAAUUAUAUCUGUUAAUUUGAACAUUAAUAUUGACAUGAAUAACAUUUACAUCGAAGAAUUUUCAGUUGCAUUGAUGAAAAAAUUGUCUUUUGCAAAAGUAAAUCUCGAUGACUUAAUAUUUAAAUAUAAGAAAGCAAAUAAUUACCACAUUUUUGAUACACAAGUUAAUAGUCAACAAUUACCUUCAUCUGAAAUAGUAUUUGCUUUAAAGGCAACUAUCUCUCGACAAGUAGCUGAUAAUAAGAUUAGUGCAAUGAUAGUAAUCGAUUGCGAUACCGAAUAUGAUAAUGAACUUGUAAAAGCCUACAUUGAGAUUAGCUCAUUUCAGAAACCCCUUUUAUUAUCAGAUUUUCUAAAGCUUUUAACAGGCCAUCAACCUGAUUUACAAGAAUUACUACCAAAGUUACCAGACUUACCAAAGUUUGAGAAUUUUCUGAUCGUUCAAGGGUAUCAAUAUCCCGUAACAAUAUCAGCAAAGCUCCAAAUAACUGAAUUUAGGAUAUCAACACAAAAUGAAGAAUCUUUUACACUUAUAGAAAAUCCCUCAAUUAAAUUAAAGCCUAUGGGGGUGUCAAUUAGUUAUAAUAAAGCAGCAAAAGUUAAAAAAUACGAAGCGUCACUAGACGGGAUAUUUACUUUAAUUGACGGAACAAAACUUAAAUUGGUAAUUGUGAAAUCAAAAGUUGAUAACGAUGAUACAAUUUUUGCCGAUAUAUAUGCUACUGAAAAUGAAUAUUCUGUCGAAAUUUCCAAUGUUGUUGAAACACUUUUACAAUUAAACGGUGAAAGUGAUGAUAAAUGGCAAAAUAGAAAACCUAAGGAAAUGAAAUCACCGAAUUUUGUUGUAAAAUCAACUAAUUCAGAAGCCUACCUUUAUAUUCAUCUUUCCAAGAAAGAUGUAGCUUUAUAUGUGACAAUUGAAUCGAUAGGGAAUGCUUUGCUUUUAGUUAAAAAAUUGAAUGCAAAGCUCUCAUUGAGUGUAAUGAAUAUUUUACCUUAUGCAACAGAGGAAAAAUGGGGAUAUAUAUUUGCGUUAAAGACAUUUGGAGAUUUUCAAUUUGAAGACUUAUUUACUUCGUCUAUAGCAUCAAAUGUAGAUAUGAUACUACCUUUAACGCGUGGAAACCUCGUACUUGUAUCAGAUCAAAAUGCAAUACUUAAUCAGAUUGAGGAGGAAGCAAAUAAUAUAAUUAAAGAAUUCAAUGAUAAAAGACCAGAUUAUGAGAACUUGGAUGAUAUUAUUUCAAUUAAAUUGCCGCUGGAUAGGAAAGACGUUUACAACUCUACAUUAAAACAAGGCGUAAAUUUAUAUUCAGAAAUAAAGAAUAAUCAAAUCAAUCAUAACUCCAAAUAUAUUUUACUAGAAAAUUUUCUUGCCACCAUUUUUCCUGAAUCCGAUUUACCAGAAAUUAAAGUUGCAUCAUACUUGGGCACUAGUGAUUUAGCUAAUAGUGAAUUUAAAGCGGCAAUUAGUAAUCUAAUAUUGUUUGGUGGAUUAAAAUUUGAAAUUAUUACAUUUUCCUACAAGCCAAGUGAUAUUAAUUAUGAAUUAUCUAAAUUAAGUAUUGGCGGGAAGUUAAAUUUCAAAGAUCUUGACAUGGAUCUUACUGUCAAAGGGAAAUUAAUUAUUAAAAACAAAUACGUUCUAGAAGGUAAAAUCAAUUUUUCAAAAGAAAUAAUUUUAGAUGGAAGGAUACUAUUUUCAGAUGGAAUACCUCAUAUUUUAAGCAUUGACAUCAGUCAGAAGGUCGGAAUUGCACAUAUAUUGCAUACAUUCUUUGGCGAUAAGUUAGAAUGGCCAAAAGAUCUUCCGUCUAUCACUUUUUGUUGUGGAGAAUUAUAUUAUUCCAAUUCCAAGGAAGAAAUAAAAAUUGGUGAAAAAGUUUAUGCUGAAGGACUCUAUGCUGAGGCACAUAUAGAUUUCUUUGGCUUGAAAGAUCUCAAAGUAUUUGCAAAUUUUAAUCACGGAAAAAAAAUUGAAUUGAUUUAUGUCGAUAAUGACUCGGAAAUAAAUUUGGGAUUUGUUAAACUAUUUAAAUUCAAGUUAUCAAUUAAUAGUAAAAACAAUAGCAUUGACGCAGAAGGUUUUCUCAAAUUAUUUGAAAUAACCUCUGCCGAAUUUCAAUUCAAAUAUGACAUAAACACACAAAGUUUUAAGGGAGAUGUUACUAUAAAGGACGAUAAACCUGUUCUUGGAAUAACAAAUCCAGUAAUCACAGGAUAUUGGUCAGAACUGAACAAAUUCAUGAUUACAAAAUGGCCAUGUGUUUAUGAAUUAUCAUGGAAGCCAAUGGAAUUUGCAAGACUCAUUGAAAAAGCAUCAGCAAACUUGAGCCAAAUUAUUUUCGGUCUUGAACUUUAUGAAACUUUCAUAGGAAAAUUUACAUUGUUCUUAAAGCAACUCGAAACUCAAAGUGAAAAUUUAAUUUCCUUUUCUCUUGAAGGAAAUUAUUCAAUAAUAAUCGAAAGUGAGACAAAUAAAAGUAUUCCGAUUGAUAAUAUUCAAAUCUCCCCACCCAUUCGAUUGGAUAUCAACUAUCCAGAAAAUAUUGAUUUUGACAAUAUUUUCGAAUAUUUAUUAAACCUUUUUAAAGAAAAACUACAAGAAAAUACUGAGAUACUCAGAGAAACUUUAUUAAAGGACCCAGAAAAAUUUGCUACCUUCUUAGAAGGUUUAAGUAUUGAAACUUUAAUAAAACUAAAGGAGUCUGCAUUAGUUGGAUUAGUAGACAUUGCUGGAGAUAAAGUAAAUGAUCAAACAAGAGAUGCGCUAAAGGAUUGUGUUAAAAAUAUUUUAAGUAAAAUGCAACCUAAAAUUAAACUUAUAGAAGAUAAAGUUAGGGCAGUUGAAAAAGCACAAACAUUAAGUGAUGCUGUGAUUUUAGCCGGGCCUUUGCUUUUAGAAACUGGGAAGUGGUUUGAAUAUCUUGAAUCUUCUAUUAACUUGGUAACGAAAAAACUAAGAAAACUUUUUGGUGACCAAUCUCAAGAAGAAAUAUGUAUUAGAAAAGAAAAGACUGAAAUAGAUGGAAUCGAUAAAAGGAUAAGAAAAACGGUAGAAAAGUUUUUAACAAUGGAAGGUUUGAUUCCAGAACUAGAAUUCACAUUGGAAAAUUCUUUAAAAAUUCAAUGGAAUGCCCCGAUAGAUGCAGAAAAUGAUAAAUUAGCCGUAAAUUUCCAUUAUAAAUUGCCAAUCAUUAUUUUUGGAAAAAAGACGACAGAAAAGGAUAUUAUUAUUAAAAAAGAAGAUAUAGAAGAAGAUAAAUCAGAUCAUAAAAAAUUAUCAUAUAUUUUAAAAGAUAAUUUAUUUGUGAAAUGUAAUAAAGUCCUAGUCAAAUAUAUAAUGGCAAUGUUACAAUAUGAUGGUCAAACUUAUUUGGGAUCGCAAUCAAAAGAGGGAAACAUUGAGCAUAAACCUCAAUUGUACCCUCCAACCAAAUUAAAGCCUGAAUAUAAUGCUCAUAAUAAAAUUCUCACCACCGAAAUAAUUUCAGAAGAUGAGGAUGCCCAAGAAUACUAUUGUCCUGGCGGUGAAUGUAAAAUACGCGUAUUGGCAAAGGCAGAUAGUUGGAAAGAUAGCGAAUUUAAAUAUGCUGAUGAAACAAUACAAUGGAUGUUGCCUCCUGUAUCUGUAAAGUUUAGAUAUUUUUACGAUAAAAAUGAUGCUGAUUGUCUUGAAAUAUUAAUAGAAGAAACAAAAAAUCAACAACCGUUACUUGGAUACACAUAUCAGGUUACAAAUCGUGAUCAUAAAGUUAUUUACCCUUUGGCACCUAAUAAAAUAAAACCAUUCAAAAAGAUUCCGUAUUUAAAAUUAGAAGAAAUAAGAAAAAAUUCGGAAACUCUUACAGCUGAACACUUCAUUCGUGUGAGGGAUGUUGCAAAAGAGGAUUCUAAUUGGAUGGAUUCGAGUUAUACUUAUAGUGAAUCCUUCAAGUUUUUUUCCAAAGUAAAUAAUAUCAGAGGAUCAUAUAAUAUAGAUAAUAAUGUAUUAAAAGUUUUGUGGGACUCCGUCGAAAAUGCCAAAAAAUAUAAAAUUUCCCUAUAUGUUAACAAUUAUAUUCUAGAAAUAAAAUUUACUUCAGAAACCUUCAUUGAAUUUGAUAUCUGGAAGCUUGAAGAAGAGAAAAGUAUAGAACGUUGUUCCACGUCCUGCAAGUCUUAUACUUUUACGGUUCGAGCAACAAAUGAUGUUCUGAAAGAAGACAGAAUAGACACUUUUGACGGACCAGUUACUGUUAUUGAAAAAGAUUUCAAACAACUUCCAAAACCUACCAAAGUUAACAUGAAAAAGGAAUCUGAUAGGCUCAAUGUCUCUUAUCAACCAAUAACACUCACAGAAGGUCUGAAUAUUUUCGAAGGAUAUAAAGUUAAUUUAUAUGAUAUACAGAAACCUGAAAAGGCAAUAGCUGAAUCGCAAAUAAUUAAAAAAAUCACAUCAAGUUAUUAUGAUUUUAUUCUUAAAGAAAUUAAAUUUGAGGAAGAUAAAGAUUACCGAGCCGAAGUGCAUGCAGUUGUAUCGAACGACCAAGCAAUAAAUAGUUUUCCAGAAAAAUCAACUAAAACCAUGAGAAGUUUACCGUUCCCAAAGAAUAUACAAAUAGCAGCUAAAAAUGAUAAAUCUAACGAGCAAAUGUUUGUAGUUUCUUGCGAUUUUAAUCCAAAAAUUCAAACAUAUAAAUUAGGUGUCGAAAAUACUAAAACAGGAAAAACUAUUGAAAAAACAAUCAAUAUUCAAUCUCAGGAUAAAAUUAACCAAGAAUUAUCUCCUGAAAAUUCUGAUUUACUUGAAUCACCGAGCUCAUCAGAAAAGGUCGAAUUUCGUGCUUUUGCACAAGCAAUUGGUGAUGACGAUCAACUUGAUAGUAAAAUUGUAAAAUCAGAUUCUACAGUUACUCAAUUCGCAGCACCUCAGAAGGUCGACUUCAAUUAUAGUCAUGGUAUAUUUUUUGGUCAUGAAUUUGGAGUAAAUUUUGAAAAACCUGAUGAAGGUUAUUAUGAGAUUCAAGUCAUACAAGUCGGAAAUAAUAAAUGUAUUAAAAAAAUGGAAACUGACAAAAAAUCGGAAGUUGUAAAUGUUAAACAAUUGGAUGUAGGUGUAUAUAAAGUACGUGUACGAAGAAUUCCACAAAAAUCAGAUUUCACUAGAUUUAUUUCCAGUAAUUGGAAAGAUUCUAAAAAAUCACAAACUAUCACAGAAAUAAAGAUCUGA